UAACAUAACCCUGGCUACACCAAAACCUAUUUUGUAGAAACUCUAACACUCAAUGAGGACAGGCGCAAGCGUCACCAAAAAGUAUCGCUGCUUAUACACAUACAGCCCAAAAUAUAGUCUUUUUGACCAGUCAGUUGAAUGUUUUCUAAAUAAAUUGUGAUUGAUCAAAAGACCCAUACACGAAGAAAAAUCCAAAUUAGCCAGUCUAAACAGAGAAUCCAAUGUUGACAUGACUCUACUUUAUGCUAAUUAACCUGCGGCACAGGUAGUAGCAUCCAAUCAGCGAGCGCACUUUGCAGACAGGUGCGAGACAGAUACCGAGAGGCUGAUAUAAGGAUGACAACGUAUUUUUAGAGCAGUAAGGUCGCCUACAUGUCUCUGGCUUUACCGAUAAGAUAACGUUUAUCAUUUGAAUAAGUGGUGAUAUGGAAUUUUUUGAAUAACGGUCUUCCUUGUUGUUCCAUCCAUAUUGUUCUGCUAAUGUGAGAAGUACGAUCCUGUCUGUCUAUACUAUAGAGACGUUUGUAAAAACGCGCGGUAUGGACGAACAUCUAGUUCGCUUGGAGGCCAGUCUGUGGGUCGGUAAGAAACGUUUCUGGGCAGUUCUUACCGGCUGGCACCUCAACUGGACUGAGCUUGAUAAGAAAAACCGCAGCAAGAUGACCGUGUCCAUACCAGUGUCUGAGGUUGUUAGCGUGGAGGAGGGCCGAGUGCAUGUUUCCCCCCGGCGGUCAAUUUCUGAAGACGCAGACAGAGAGUUCACAGUGUUCUAUGUGAAGCGCACCAGCAGCCGAAGUUCUGGUGGUUUUCUGUGGAGUCUGGGCAGAACCCAGUUUAGCUGCCCCAGUAGGGGCCUUCGAGACCAGUGGGUAACCCAGCUGAGGUUGGCCCUGAAGACCCACAGCCCUUCUCGUCCUCACAGGCUGUUGGUGUUCAUCAACCCGUUUGGAGGGAAGAAACAAGGGAGAGAUAUCUACCAAUCUCUGGUAGCCCCACUGUUUGAGCUGGCUGGCAUCAGCUGUCAUGUUGUAGUGACAGAGCGCGGCAAUCAGGCGAGGGACCACAUUCUGAAAAAAGACCUGACCGGUUUCGACGGUGUGAUAUGUGUGGGCGGGGAUGGAAUGUUCAGCGAGCUACUCCACGGCGUGAUAGGACGAACACAGCAGGAGGCGGGACUCUCUGAGCAUGACCCCACCCUCACGUUACAGUCAUGUGACCUUCACAUUGGCAUAAUUCCUGCAGGCUCAACCGACUGUGUGUGUUUCGCCACGAUGGGGGUCAACGACCCGGUGACCUCUGCUCUGCACAUCAUCAUCGGAGACUCGCAGCCGCUGGACGUGUGCUCUGUCCACUACCGCUCGUCCCUGGUUCGCUACGCCGUGUCACUGGUGGGAUACGGUUUCUAUGGUGACGUGCUGGCUGAGAGCGAGAAGCACCGCUGGAUGGGCCCCCUCCGAUACGACUACUCGGGUGCCAUGGUUUACCUGAGUAACAGGAGCUACGCUGGCAUAGUCCAGUACCUGCCCGCGGACCCCCAGCUCUCCAAUCCCCGGGACAACACACGCUGCCUGUCUGGGUGUAGCGUGUGUUCUAAGAGCACAGAGAGACUGUUCCCUCAUUCUCCAAAUGCCAGUUCCCUGUACAGCUCCCACUUCAGUCAGUUCGGCAGUGACUCUGAAGGUAAAUGGGUGAGUGUGGAGGGGAGGUUCAGGGCCGUGUCCCUCACCUGCAUGUCCAGCUCCUGUCCCCGCAGUCCCCUAGGGCUGUCCCCCUCUGCACACCUGGCCGAUGGGACAGCUGACCUCAUCAUCGUACGGGACACACACCCACUAGGGUUCCUCACCUUCCUACAUAGGCACACCACCACGCAGGACCAGUUUGACCUGCCGUUUGUGGAAGUUCACCGUGUGAAGGCGGUACGUUUUUCUCUCCCGCCUGGAGCGGAGGACGAUGAGGACGAAGAGGCCGUGAAGGACGGAGUGUUGGCAGAGGAGGAUGAGGCACCAAUUCAGAGUGGAUCCAAACAGCACCUGGCAGGAGUGACCAGCUACAGGAGACAGAAGAAGAAAGCCUUGUGUGGUCUGUGCUGCAGCAAGGCCCCCUCGGUGUCCGUGUGGAACUGUGACGGAGAGCUCCUUCCCCAUACGGAGAUCCUCUGCAGGGUUCACUGUCAGCUGGUGAGACUGUAUGCCCGUGGCAUCGAAGACGGACUGGCCCCAACCUCUGGGAUUUGCAGAGAGCGACAAGGAACCUGCAGAGGGAGAUGUGUCCUUCACAACUAA